GCAAGCACAUAGUUGCGGAGGGUGACAUUUGUGAAAAGGUUGGGGGGAGGGAAUCAAUGCUUUUCCUACUGACUGUGGUAGCCGCUUUGACGCACCGGAGCUGAUUAUCAGCUCAGCUGAUUAACAGCUGGAAGGAGAUAUCUCUGAUUGGCGGUGACCAUUAGCAGGCUGCCGGUGAAGGAUCGGGGGCUGCCACGUCACCAGGGUGCGAAGGGAAAGGAGGAGCAGGGGAGACGAAGGGAGAAGGACGACAAACACGGCCGAGGAAGGGAGGAAGGGAGGAAGAACUCGACGUGACGUCAGAGAAGUACGGGCUCUACGGAAGUGCUGUCGUUCGUGUAUUCGUGCUCGUUCUCCUUGGUUGGGUUCCAGUUAUGGGUCGGGAGGAGAUGGAGUGUAAUGCCAGUUCGAGUGCUGAGCCGUGUUAUACCGAGCCGAACUCAAGGGCGGCUGAAGAGAAGAGUGCGACGGUGGUGUUCCCUACAACCCGCUACAUGCUGGGGGUGCUGAGGAAAUUGCUGCAUCAUGGCUUUUUAGGAAUGAUCAUCAGCGUUGCUCUCACACUGGUUUCCUCUUUUGCAAAGAUUGCCCGAUCCUUUUUAGGGGGACGUGUGACGGAUCUCAUCAUGAGAUUGAUCAGCUGGUUCCUUGGUCGAGGGGGUAAUGUGACACGUGUGACGUCUGUGUCCUUUGUCAAUUUUUUGGAGGACAAUUUUGAAAUCAGAGGAACAGGUUUUCCGGUUCACAGCAACACUUUAACUGCCACCAAUGCUGAGGUGCUUAUUUUGGCUUCCAAGCUGGCAUACGAGAACAUGAGUGUACGAGUGGUGACCCAAGUUUGGGAGAUGGAAUGGGUUGCGGGAUACUCUUUUGAACCUCAAGGCACACAGGUCUUCGUGUUCAAGCACAAGACAGCCAUCGUGGUUGCUUUUCGGGGCACAGAGCCUUUCAACCUUUUUGAUUGGCUGGUCGAUCUCGAAACUGCCUUGAAGUCACCCCGCGGAACUGACAAGAACCCCGAUAGAGCCCUGCUGGGGAACAUGCAUGCAGGGUUUUAUGAUGCCUUGAUGACUCCACCAAACAGUUGUAGAAGUAUCCCAUGGUACAGGCUCAUCAAUGCUGAUGGGAUUGCAACGGAGAUGGGAUUGCUGGACGAGAGUCGGCCGCCGUACGAUAUUGUGAGAGAUCGCGUUAUGGAGGAGCUGCGUCGCGACAAAGACCUGUACGUCUUUGUGACUGGGCACAGCCUCGGGGCCGCUCUGGCCUCCGUCUUCUGUGCCCAUUUGCUGGUCGAUGAGGAUCCGGAAAACCUUGUCAAGCCGAGAGUUCAGUUGCUUUGCACCUUUGGCCAGCCAAGGACGGGGGGCUACAAAUUUGCACGCUUUCUGGAUUGCGCGGCUAGCACGAGAAUGACCUCGAUGAUUGGAGAAGACGGCAAACUGAUCGGUUUCAGAUAUCUCAGAUUCGUGAACAACAAGGACAUCGUUCCACGCCUGCCACCGCCUGUGAGGUUCAGCCACUCGCCCUGUUUUGUCUUCUUGAACGAGUUGGGCUAUGAAGAGAUCGACUGCGAGACGGAGGGGCUGAGCGUCGCUGGUGUCGUCCUUGAUGAGGUGGUGAGCCGGGCGAGAAGAUCCAAGGAGCUUUUCUUCAACUGCGUUCUGGAUUUGGCAUCCUUCAAAUUGACGAAACCGAUCGUCCGUUUUGUCGUUUACCUCCUCCCCAAUCUCAUUUACAAUCAUUUCGCGUCCGAGUACGAGCGCGUUAUCCGCGGCUGUCCGGAUCCCUACUUCAACGAAGACCAAUGGGUUCAAAUCAAGUGGCCAGUCUUCGUGUUCAAGCACAAGACAGCCAUCGUGGUUGCCUUUCGGGGCACAGAGCCAUUCAACCUUUUUGAUUGGCUGGUCGAUCUCGAAUUUGCCUUGAAGGCACCCCAGGGAACUGACAAGAACCCUGACAGAGCCCUGCUGGGGAAAGUGCAUGCAGGGUUUUAUGAUGCCUUGAUGACUCCACCCAACUGUCGUAGAAGUAUCCCAUGUUACAGGGUCAUCAGCGCUGAUGGGAUCACGACGGAGAUGGGAUUGCGGGACGAGAGUCGGCCGCCGUACGAUAUCGUGAGAGAUCGCAUUAUGGAGGAGCUGCAUCGCGACAAAGACCUGUACGUCUUUGUGACUGGGCACAGCCUCGGGGCCGCUCUGGCCUCCGUCUUCUGUGCCCAUUUGCUGGUCGAUGAGGAUCCGGAAAAUCUUGUCAAGCCAAGAGUGCAGUUGCUUUGCACCUUUGGCCAGCCAAGGACUGGGGGCUACAAAUUUGCACGCUUCCUGGAUUGCAUGGCGAGCACGAGGAUGACCUCCAUGAAUGGAGAAGAUGGCAAACCGAUAGGUUUCAGAUAUCUCAGAUUCGUGAACAACAACGACAUUGUUCCACGCCUGCCACCGCCUGUGAGGUUCAGCCACUCACCCUGUUUCAUUUUCUUGAACAAUUUGGGCUACGAAGAGGUGGGCUGCGAGACGGAGGGGCUGAGCGUCGCUGGUGUGAUCGUUGAUGAGGUGAUGAGCCGUUGCUUAAGAACCAUACAGCUUCCUUUGAACUGCGUUCUGGAUUUGGCGUCCUUUAACUUGACGAAACCCAUCGUCCGUUUUGUCGUCUUCCUCCUUCCCAACCUCAUUUACAAUCAUUUCCCGUCCGAGUACGAGCGCGUAAUCCGCGGCUGUCCGGAUCCCUACUUCGACGAAGACCAAUGGGUUGCAACCAAGUGGCAAGUGCCGUUGCUGGGUUGAGCGCGCCAAAUUCAAUCUGAUCCCUACGGGGAAAGCAUAGCUGGCUAUAUAUCAUCCAUCCACGUGGCAGUCAAUCCAGUUGUUAGUCGGGAUGUCCAUUUUUAGCUUAUCGGAUCUAUGGGCUGAAAUCCAGUCAAGUGGGCAGUCCGGAUCCUUGCUGGGUGGAGCGCGCCAAUUUAAACUGAAUGUGUUCGGUCGGGACUACAGAGGUCAUCAUCAUCUUCGUUACCUUAUCAAUCGACCUGGCGGUCGAUCCAGUUGUUAUCGGUAGUCUUCUUCAUCGACGGGUCAUUCGUGCUGGUAGUCAAUCCAGCUGGGGGGUAGUCGUCGAUCGGGGAGUCAGUCCAACUGGUUUUUCUUUCCUUCAUUCUUUCCUCAUUGUUGUAUGCGUGUUUGCUUGCUUGCUUGAUUGAUUGGUUGAUUGAUUGAUUGAUUGGUCGAUUGAUUGAUUGAUUGAUUGACUGAUUGAUUAAUAGCUAGCAGUCAAUCCAGCUUGAGUGAGUCUUAAGGUUUCUUUCUUGUCGUUUUGUUUCCCUCCUUCCUGAUUGAUUGAUUGGAUUGAUGGAUUGAUUGAUAGGUAGUCGGCAGUUAAUCCUGGUUGUUUCCUUUCUCUCUUCCCUGAUUGCUUGCUUGCUUGAUCGAUUGCUUGAUUGAUUGACUGAUUGAUUGAUUGAUUGACUCAUUGAUUGAUCGAUUGAUUGAUUGAUUGAUGUUUGAUUGGCAGGUAGGUGGCAGUUAAUCCUGUUGGUUUCCCUCUCCCUUUCUACCGUUCUCCCUUUGUCUUUCUUUCGUUCUUUCUUUCUUUCGUUCUUUCUUUCUUUCUUUCUUUCUUUCUUUCUUUCUUUUUCUUUCUUGCUUUCGCGUUCGUUGAUAGGUAGGUGACUGCAUCAGACCGGGAAGAUAACUCGCGUACACAUGGUCAGGGUGCGUUGUGUUCGGAGAAAGAGUAUUUGGAAUGUGUAGGCAGGAGGAAGAGGAGGAAGAGGAGGAAAAGGAGGAAGAGGAGGAAAAGGAGGAAGAGGAGUAAAAGAGGUAGAGGAGCAAUAUUUAUUACGCAGAAGGAAAGAAGGAGAUCAAGACCUACCAACGCACGCGUUUCCUGCUCCUUAUGCAGGACGAGGACAAAGAGAGAGCAAGACGUACCAAUGCACGAGUCCGGGCGGGAGGGAAGGGGAAGAGAUGGUCGACCAUGUGUGUCCUUUUCUCGAAUAUGCGCCUGGGCGUUAGUAUUUAUAGUGUGUGUAUGUAGUCAUUGCCACGUGCAAAAUACAGAGCUAAUGACAUGAGAUCUCUUGCCACGUGUCAAAUUCAGAGCCAACUACACGACAUCUCUUACUACGUGUCGAAUCCAAAGUGUACACGAUGUGAAAUAUUUUGCGACGUGUGAAAAUUCUCAGUGAAUUUUAUGAGCACUCUUGCCACGUGUCACACGUCUCUUGCCACGUGCCGAAUCCAGAGGCGAGGAUGUUAAACACGUC